AUGCUGUGGGAAAAACCGAAAACAAAAGCUGGUAACGAAAAAGAAUACAUUGAAAAACCCGAUAAAGCUUUAGAUGGAGACAAGUCGACAAAAGAGCAAUGCCAAAACAGUUUGGAAGUCAAUCAAGGCCGUGAAGAGAACAACACAGUUGAUAGCCAAAGUAGCAGCUCUAAAGGAAAACAAAAAGAUCAUAUGUCCCCUACUACAACUGAUACCGAGUGUUUACAAUUAAAAGGAGGCAGAAUAGAGAUUGAUCUGGGUAGCAUAGAGUACAUUCCUCCUGGAAAACAUGGUUCUGAUUUAGGUAAUAACUCUGAUCAAGAAUAUUGUUACGACACCAGUGAAGAACAAAUAGCAGGAAUAUCCUCAGACGAGGAGGUUCCUGAUAGUUUUCUAGAGGUCUCUGAAGAGGAAGAAGCACAAAUCCUUGAUAGUCUAAUCGAAGUAUUUGCUCCAACUUCAAAUGAAAUCAAGGACCCGAUCACACAAGAAAAAGAAGAAGCUAUCUUACGACAAGGUUUGUCACCAAGAGGUAAUAUUCAUACAUGGUGUAAUGGGCGAGGAGGGACCGAGAGGAUCCAUAUGAGAUUAGACAGGUUGCUACAUAAUGAAGAAUGGAGUGCUAAAUUCCCAAAUAUCAAUGUGGAGCAUUUAUCCAAAACAGGUUCCGAUCACAACCUACUCCUCGUCAAUUGUUCCGACGACAACCAACAGAAAUUUGAGAAGGAAGUUUCAGACGCUGAAACUGCUUACUUAAAUUCCGAUUCUGAUAGAAUGCUGCUUAAUAAGGCUAAAGCUGAAUACAUCAAGUGGUUGAAAAUGGAAGAGUCUAUUUUAAGACAAAAAGCUAGAAUCAAAUGGGCAGAAGAAGGGGACUCAAAUACGAAGUACUUCCACAGUAACAUCAAGGCUAGGAGAAGAAGAGCUCAAGUCUAUAAAAUUAAAGAUCAGAAUGGUCAAUGGGUCGAAGGGAAUCUAAAUAUUUCCAAAGCUGCCAUCGAUCAUUUCAGCGAGUUAUUCAGUGCAAAACCAAGGGAUAGGGAUUUGAAAUUUAUCAGAGGUUGCGACAACCUGAUCAGUACUGAGGACAACGCCCUAUUAGCAAAAUAUCCCACAGCAGAAGAGAUUAAGACGGCAGUAGAUUCUAUGGACCCUAACAGUUGUGCAGGGCCUGACGGAUUUAAUGGUUUUUUUUUCCAAUACUGCUGGGACAUCAUCAAAAGAGAGGUAAUCUCCUUUGUUCUCUCCUUCUUUCAUGGGUUUGACCUUACAAAGUACUAUACUCAUUCUUGUUUAACACUGAUUCCUAAGGUCACCUCACCUGAUUGUUUUUCUAAGCUUAGACCUAUCAGUCUUAGUAAUUUUUCAAACAAAAUACUGUCUAAAAUUCUUGCUUUAAGAAUUAACAAUAUUUUGCCUAAGAUCAUUUCUGAGAAUCAAUCUGGCUUCGUUAAAGGUAGGCAACUCACCGUGAAUAUUCUGUUAACACAAGAGAUUGUUCAUGGUAUUAUACCUAACUCUGACAGUUGCAAUGUUGUUAUUAAAUUAGAUAUGUCUAAAGCUUAUGAUAAAUUAUAUGGGUUUUUUAAAUCUUCUAGAGGCUUAAAACAGGGGGACCCUCUAUCUCCUGCUCUUUUUAUUAUUGCAGCCGAAACUCUUUCAAGAGCUUUGAAUCAUCUUAAUCAAAAUGAUAGGUUCAUUAAUUUCUCUAUGCAUAAAAAAGGGCCCCAAAUUAAUCACCUUAGUUAUGCUGAUGACCUUGUGCUUUUCACUUCUGCCAAUAAGUUUUCUAUUAAGCUCAUGAUGAAUUUGCUAAGGUUGUACCAAAAGGCUUCUGGUCAGGAGAUUAAUAAUGAUAAGACUUUCUUUCUCACCCACAGUAAGACGAACAGGAUUUAUAAUAGGAGGAUAAGAAGGUGGACUGGUUACAAACAGUCUUCCUUCCCUUUCACAUACUUAGGUUGUCCCAUAUACUGUGGCACGAAGAGAAUCUCUUAUUUUUUUGACAUUUCCAAAAAGAUCCUUAAUAAGAUUGCAGAUUGGCAAGGAAGACUCUUAUCUCCAGGUGGUAAGGCUACCAUUAUUAAGCAUGUUCUUCAAUCUCAAGCUCUUCAUAUAUUUGCUGCCUUAAUGCCACCGGUUACAUCUGUAUAUGAGAUUGAAAUGCAAUUUGCUAACUUCUUCUGGGGAGAGAAAGAUGGUAAAAACAGCUAUCAUUGGUCCUCUUGGGAUAACAUGUGUUACCCUACCAUAGAAGGGGGCUUGGGUUUCAAGAGUCUUCUUGAUAUCUGUCACACUUUUGCUGCUAAAAGAUGGUGGAGAUUGAGAACAGAACCUUCAUUGUGGGCACAUUUCAUUAAAUCAAAGUAUUGCCAAAGAAGCAACCUCAACUCUAAGGCCUUUGCUCCAAAAGAUUCAGUUGCUUGGAAAGAAUUGCUUCAUAUUAGAGAUAAUAUUGAAGCCAACAUCAAUUGGAAAAUUAACUCCGGUAACAGUCUGUUUUGGUGGGAUAACUGGACUCAUCAUGGGUCUCUUUAUCAGAUUUUAAACCCUUCGGCCAAGCCUGGUAAUGUGAAAGUUAACCAUUUCUUAUUGAAUCAGCAAUGGCAGAUUGAUGAUAAUCCUUUUUCCUUACCAAGGGACACUCUGAAUCUAAUCAAGAGUAUCCCUAUCGGUAAGCAUGAUGAAAAGGAUCAUCCUAUCUGGAAUCUGAAUAGCAAUGGAGUAUUUACAUGUUCCAGUGCUUUCGAAUUCCUUAGGAAGAAGGAAGUUGCCCCUCACAUUUAUAAUUUCAUCUGGAUAAAAGAAAUUCCUUUCAAGGUUUCCUUUUUCAUGUGGAAGCUUUUAAAGAAAAAUCUUCCUCUAGAUGUCAAUCUUACAAGAUUUAAUAUUGACGAAGGUGCUAGUUGUUGUUGUUGCAGGACUGCAUGUAUAGAAACUGGGAAUCAUGUUUUUGCACAAAGUGAGAUUGCCAAACAAACAUGGAAAAUCAUGACCAGACCACUGGGGAUCAGCAUUACUGGUUACACUGUUCAAACAAUUCUCUGGCAAUGGUGGAGACAAAAACCAACAAAUAUUGUUCACAAAUUCCUUCUACUUAUCACUCUAAUGAUAAUCAAGGUGGCUAUAAGACAGAAAUUCAAAUCCAUAGACUACACCUGGAACUGGAGCAAAGUUUGUUUCGAAGCGGAAAAUUUCAAAGCUGUGAUAACCAGUAAGAUGAUCAGAUGGAUCAAACCUACAGGCAACACUUGGAAGCUCAACACAGAUGGAAGUUACAUGAAAAAUCAAAACAAAGCGGGAGCUGGUGGUAUUGUUAGGAAUAGAAUUGGGAAUAUGGUCAUGGCAUGUGCAUAUCAAACCCAAUUCUGCACUAACAAUUAUAGUGAAGCAUAUGCAGCUCUAGUUGGAAUUUCUUGGUGUGUCAAUCAUCCUUUCGAAGUCCUUGAGGUAGAAUUGGACUCCAAGAUAGUGGUACAAAUGAUAGAUGGUUCCUUAAAACCUCCUUGGAAGUUAUUGGACAUUAUAGAAAACACUAAGGCAAAGAUGGCUCACAGAAAUAUCUCGAUAAAGCAUUGCUUUAGAGAAGGGAAUGAGGUGGCGGAUGCACUAGCAAAAUACGCAACCCAAAUUCAAGACCCUAGAAUUUUUUUGAAUGAAGGUGACUUGCUAACGGAGGUUAGAGGACCGCUCAUAAUGAAUAAACUUGACUUCCCCUCCUUUAGGAGAAGAGUUAAAAAGAACUCAGGCUGGUGCUUUGAACCACCGUGA